UUCUAGGAAUGUUGACCACAGAACAACUGAAACAGCUUAAGGGACUACUACCCUCUAUCAACUGAAGUUCAAGUAAGUUUUCUAAUAAAGGGGGCUAUUAAACAUUAAACGCCAAAACUUUAGUAAUUCCUAUGUGUCAUGGACAAUGAUCUGAUAUGGUUUUUAACUGAUACAAGUGGCUUAACAUAUUACAUAAGAAUGGGCACCAACGAAUGUAGGGCCCAUCGAGGGAGAUGAGGUGUGGUUUGAAGGAACCUUAUCUUUCAACUUCCAGCUUCUAUUUUUUAAAAAAACAAAAACAAAACAGUUGCAAUUUUUAUUUUAUGAGCCUCCCAUUCUGUCAGGCUGCAAAGAACUGGGUGUAUAUGAUUUUCAAAAUAUUCUUUGAAAGUACUUUAUUAAAGUUUAACAAAUAAUUAAUUAUUCAACAGUUUCUUUUCCCUAAAGUUGUCUCAUACCAAACUCCAGUUCUAAGAAUGCUACGCAGUCGCAAAGAUUUGUAAACCGAUGUGACAAGCAAAUAUUUAUUUCAUAAAUUCUGACAAUCCAAGAGUUAUAUUUGCUGUAUGUCUAUACAAGGCCUUCUUUCAAAUGGGGUUGUCACUAAAUUCCUCAGUUUGGUCCAGUUACAGAAAAAUCCCUGCUCCAUCUCGCAUAUUCGGUGAAUUUAUACAGCUCAAUUAUUAUUAUUACAUUUCUAAAAAGCAAGAAGCAUGACCACAGCUCAAGGAUAAUCCAUCCAGGCAAAAGUUCUUGAGGGCACAGAGCAGAACCAGUGAAAGAUGUGAUCUGGAAGGACGACCACAUUUGGCUCACAGCCUGAAGGGUUCCCAUCCCUUCUCUUGGGCUCAGGCCCCCUCAAAUAAUUAUGGGCACUGUAGUUUGCUCAGGUUUUCUGGGAAUUGUAACUCUGGGAGGCAUAAACUAGUCCCCAGAAUUCUUUGAGGGAAAGAAUAUGCUUUGCAUAUGUAGAACAUGGAAUAUAGGACUUUGUUGGAUAACACAGAUACAGUGGAACCUUGGGUUAUGUACCAUCCUCCUUACGAAUGCUUUGGGUAACGAGCUCUGCUAACCUGGAAGUAGAUGCUCCAUGUUGCGAACUUUGCCCCGAGAUGCGAGCGGAAGUCGCACGCAGGCGGUGUGGCAACAGCGGAAGGCCCCAUUAGUGAAAGCGCACCUCAGGUUAACGGUUUUGGCUUAAGAACAGACCUUCGGAAUGAAUUAAGUCCGUAACUGGAGGUAUCACUGUAAUGAGUGUCCCGAACACAAGACUGUCAUCAUUGCAUGAGAGUUGCGAUGUUUUAACAUCCAUAUUGCAGCGCUUCAAGAAACCCGAAGAGCAGCAGAGGGACAACUGAAGGAAGAAAAAGGAGGCUAUACAUUCUUCUGGAAAGGUCUACCUGAACAAGAAUGUUGAAUACAUGGAGUAGGCUUUGCUAUCAAAAAUGAUCUCGUGAAGCUCUUGUCAGAAGUCCCUACCGGCAUUAAUGAGCAACUUUCAAUCCUUCAAUUAAAACUUGCCCAAACCCAACAGGCUACUAUUUUAAGCACUUAUGCACCAACACUGGAUGCCAAUGAAGACAUUAAAGAAAUUUUUUCCCCCUAGCUGGAUGCCAUCCUAUCAGAGAUGCCCAAGGUUAUCAUCCUGGAUCUUAAACUUUACUAUGAAUCAGCCGCCUUUUGCUGGCUGAAAGAUUGGCUACUUCUUGAAAAUGUGGACAUUUUGGAUUUAGAAGGUUUUGAUAACGUUUUUGGAUGGCAUGCAUAUUUAUGGUAUGAUAAAGUUAAAGCGCAUAAGGCCUUUAAGAACCAUAUUGUCAGGAAAGCAUUGUUUAAUGUUUGGGUGAGAUACAAGGAUUUGUUGGAAAGUAAAACACCAAGGUGGCUGUCACCAAUGGAGGCAAAGGCAUUGAAAAAACUAAUAUGGAGACAAACUGGCCAAAAUAUUGUGAAAUUUUAGAACAAGUUGGAGAUAAAUUAAAAUUGCAGAGUUUUGACAAAUUAAAAACCAAAGUUCGAGAUUGGCUGCAUUAUUAUCAAAUAAGGGAGGUUUUUAACUUAGACAAAAAGAUUGGUUUCCAGGAGGAAAAAUCUAAACUGGAAACGGAAUUGUUAGAACCUGUGAUGGGAAGAUGAGCUGCUUGUGCGUAAAAUCGUAUUCCCUCAGAGUUUGUUCAAGUCCACAAACCUCUGUCUGUGACGGAGCCCCUCUGACAUGGCUCCUCUAGUCACUAGAAGAUUCCGACAGUGGCUGCUUUCGUAUUCGCUUCCAACAUAAAAGCUCCUUAACGGAAACACGUCUUCUGGACUCUCUGCGUGACAGUUUCCGGCGAGGAGUGGGUGUCCCUACAGGAGGUCCGGAAACCUCACCACUGUUUUCGCUGGAAGUAUCUCUGAGCCAUCCCUCCAGCUCCCUUUCCCUCAGUUCAGCUUCUCUCCCCCCUGCUGGUUUCCUCUUCAGCUGCUGAGUCUCUUCCAACCUGUCUGAGCCCUUUCACCUCCCUCAGUUCAGCUUCUCUCCCCUUGCUGGUUCCCUCUUCAGCUGCUGAGUCUCUUCCAACCUGUCUGAGUCCUUUCACCUCCCUUCCUUCCGAUGGCAGUUCCCUGACAGAACCUAAAACUAAAAAUUUGUCAAGAAUGUAUAAUCUGCUGUUGAAAUGGAAUACACAGGAUGAAAUGGUUAAAUCUGUUAUGAUUAAAUGGGCGCAAGAUGUUGGGCAUAACAUUAUGUUUGCUGACUGGGAACGGUUAUGGACCACAGGUAUGAAAUUUACGGCUUGCAACGCUUUAAGAGAAAACAUAAUGAAAAUGAUUUACAGGUGGUACUUAACCCCAGUCAAGCUAGCAAAAAUUUAUCAUUUGCCUGAUAAUAAAUGUUGGAAAUGUAAAGAAAACGAAGGUACUUUCUUUCACCUUUGGUGGACGUGCCCAAAGAUCAAGGCAUUCUGGGAAAUGAUAUAUAAUGAAUUAAAAAAGGUAUUGAAAUAUACUUUUUAAAGAAACCAGAGGCCUUCCUCUUGGGCAUGGUCGGCCAAUUGGUGCGAAGGGAAGAUAGAACUUUUUUUAUGUAUGCGACAGCAGCAGCAAGAAUACUUAUUGGGAAAUACUGGAAGACACAAGAAUUGCCUACCCGAGAAGAAUGGCAGAGAAAAGUGAUAGACUACAUGGAACUGGCUGAGAUGACUGGAAGAAUUCGAGAUCAAGAAGAAGGGUCGAUGGAAGAAGAUUGGAAAAAGUUUAAAACAUAUCUUCAGAAUCACUGUAACAUAAAAGAAUGUUAGGAAAGGUUGGAGAAGAAAUAUUAGACCGUAUUGGCAGACAGAGUAUAAUGGAAUUAAGUAAAUAUGAAGUGUAAAUUAAAAGAUAGAGGAGAAUUAAAUAUUUUUGAAUGUUAAAAUGUUAAAAUAAGCAAAUGAAAAGAAGGCUAGAAGGAUUUGCUGGAGAUACAAUUUGAAUUAGAAUACAAAGCAGAGAAGUGAGAGGAAGUCACGGAAAUAAGUAAAUGGGAAAACGGUUUGUUUAAUUUGAAUUUUUCUUUUGUUAUUUUUUAUUGUGAUUUUUUGUCUUGUGUAUUUUCUUCUUGUAUGGUGUGUCUCUUUUGUAAGAUGUAUGUGAUUGGUUUUUCUUGCUUUAUUUUUUCUUUUUUUGUAAUCUUAAAAUUUGAAUAAAUAUUAAAAAAAAAAAAAAAAGUUAUCAUCCUGGGUGAUUUUAAUGCAAGAGUUGGAGAGAUUUCGAUCUGUGGCCUGGGACUAUUGCGAACAAAGGAAUUGGCAACAGCAACCAGAAUGGAAUCUUACUUUGACUGUAUGUGCAGCACACAACCUUCUUAUUACCAACACACUCUUUUGACAAAAAAAUAAAUUUGAAAUAUCACGGAGGCACCCUCAGUCGAACCACUGGCACCUCUUCAAGUAUGUAAUUAUCUGAGCUAAAGAUCGCUGUGAUGUGCUCCUUACCAGAGCUAUGAUGAGUGCCGACGACUGCUGGACGGAUCACCAACUAAUACGCUCCAUGAUGGCUAUCUAGAUUAUACCUCAACGCAGGCUUCAAGGAAGGAAACCAAGGCACAAAAUGAACACUCAAACGCCCCUAAGAAAAAAACCUAUGCCAACGCUAAGGCUGAGGUUCAAAGAAGAACCAGAGAAGUAAAGAACACCUGGUGGAUAAAAAAAGUUCAAGAGAUCCAGCACUUAGCUGACACUCAUGAUGCACAGAGUUUUUUUAAAGCCACAAAGACCAUCUAUGGGCCAGUAAAUCAUGGCAUAUGCCCCCUCUGCUCAACAGACAGGUACCACACUUCUAAAGGAUAAAUAAGCUUUUGCACUGUGUUGGAAAGAACAUUACCAGCAUCUCCUUAACCGCAACUUCCCCGUAGCUGCUGAGGUCCUCUCACAAAUUCCACAAAAACAAAUUAGAGAUGAGCUUGCAAUCUGGGAGAGUUGUGUACAGCUAUUAACCAAAUGAAAAACAACGAAGUCAGCGGACCUGAUGGGAUAUCUGCCGAAGUUUUCAAAGUGGGUGGAAUUGAACUUACACAACAACUUCGCAAACUCAUUGAAAAAAUCUGGGAGAGAGAGGAGAUCUCAGCAGACUUUAGGGAUGCCAAAAUUAUCAGCCUUUUUAAAAAAGGUGAUAGAACGGAUUGCAGAAACUAUCGAGGCAUCUCUUUAUUAGCUGCAGCUGGCAAAAUUCUGCCAAGGAUCUUAGCAAACCGUCUUCUAAUUAUAUCCGAGGCUACCCUUCCUGAAUCCUAAAAUGGUUUUUGACUUUCUAGGGGGACAAUGGACAUGAUUUUCACUGCUUGACACCUUCAAGAAAAAUGCAGACAGCAAAACCAACCCCUGUAUUUGGCGUUUAUAGACCUGACUAAGGCUUUCGACACUGUAAAUUGUAAUGCCCUGUGGACUGUCCUUCUGAAAAUUGGCUGCCCAGAUAAAUUUGUGAACAUCCUUCAGCUCCUCCAUGAUAAUAUGACAGCAACAAUUGCAGAUAACAAUGGCUCUUAAAGUGAACCAUUCACAGUGGGAUUAGGUGUGAAACAGGGAUGCGUUAUCACCCCAACUCUAUUCAUUAUUUUCACUACCAUGAUCCCAUACAUUGUCAAAGGGAAACUCCCCACCGGGGUAGAAAUCUUAUAUCAAUAACAGUGACAUGAUCCACAUGUGGUGGACGUGUGAAAAGAUUAAGACUUUUUUGGCGAAAAUAUACGAUGAAUUAAAAAAGAUGAUGGGGAUAACUUUUACUAAAAAACCGGAGGCAUUUCUAUUAAGUAUUUUAGACAAAGAGGAGGUUAAGUCGGUUAUGAUUCACUGGGCCAAAGAUUUUGGGUAUAAUAUACAGCUGAGUGAUUGGGUAAAAUUAUGGAAAGAAGGUUUAAAAUUUACUGCAUGCAAUGCCCUAAAAGAAAAUGUGAUGAAAAUGAUGUAUAGGUGGUAUAUUACACCUGUCAAGUUAGCGAAAAUGUAUAAAGUCAGUAAUAAAUGUUGGAAAUGUAAAGAAAAAGAGGGAACAUUUUAUCACAUGUGGUGGGAAUGUAAAAAGGUGAAAUGCUUCUGGGAGAUGAUAUAUAAUGAGAUGAAAAAAAUGUAGAAAUAUACAUUCAUAAAGAAACCAGAAGCAUUUUUACUGGGCAUUGUGGGGAGUGAUAUAAAUAGAAAGGAAUGUAAGCUCUUUUUAUAUGCAAUAACAGCAGCAAGAAUAUUACUGGCCCAAAAAUGGAAGCAAUAAGAAUUACCGAUGAUUGACGAAUGGAGGAUGAAGUUAAUGGACUAUGCAGAACUAGAUAAACUAACAGGAAGGAUUCGAAACCGGCGGGACCAGAAAUUCACGGAAGACUGGAGUAAAUUUACGGACUAUUUGAAAAGUAUUUGUGAAGAUCAGAUGAUGUUUGUAGGUUUGCAAGAAGUUUUGUGAGGAGUAUUAUUAGCAGUAUUGCAAAAAUGGAGACGGGGAAGGAUGAUUUGUUAAGAGAUGUAAAGGCAAUAUAAAGUUAAGAAAUGCAUAAGAAGUGGUUAAAACGGUGGACCAUCAGAGGUGCUGAUGGAAGUCUAAAAAGAAUGUAUAAGUGAUAAGUUUUGUGGUACAUUUUAUAAUUUAUAUGUUAAAAUCAAUAAAAAUUAUUUUUGAAAAAAGUAUUUUAGACAAAGAGAUCCCAAAAAUUUAAGAGAGAUAUUCUUGUAUGCAACUGCAGCAGCUCGAAUACUCGUUGUCAAGGGAUGGAAAGAUCAGGAGGCUCCAAAAAUAACAGGCUGGCAAAUUAAAUUACAGGAAUUUGUGGAGAUGGCUCAGUUGACUAGCAAACUCAGAGGAAACUCAAAGCAAAAAUUUGCAGAAAAAUGGGAUGAUUAUAGAAGAUAUGUUCAAAAAUACAAUAAUAGUUUUGACACCAUGCUAGCUUUCAAGUGACAAAGGAAGUAAAAGGAGGUGGAUAACAAUUAAGGAUUUAUUAUGUUUUCUGAAUGUACUGGAAAAUCUAUAUAGAAAGGUUUAUUGUUUUGUGUACAUUCAAUUGUAAGAUAAAAUAUAUGCGAAGGGACUUGACAGGAAGUCAAAAUUGAAGAAAAGAUUUAUAAGACAAAAAGGAAAAAAUAUUUAUUUUCAUUAUUAUCACUAUUUUUUGUGUGGGUGUUUGUGUGGGUGUGUGUUUCGUAUGGAAUGUUUGGGAGGAAAUAAUACGGCAAAUAACAAAUAACAAACAAAAUAUUGAUGUGUGUAAUUUUUAUUUCUCAAUUAUAUUUUGUGGUAGUAUGGUUGUAAUGUUUUUUGUAACAUAAAAUCAUUCAAUAAAAUUAUUUUUUUAAAAGAAAUAAAUCUUAUAUUGAACAGAUGGAAAUCUCUUUGACUUGAGUAGGCUGAAAGCAAAGAGUAAGAUUACCAUAACUUCCGUCGUAGAGCUGCAGUAUGCUGAUGACAACGUAGUGUGUGCACACUCAGAGGAUGACCUCCAAACCAUCCUAAAUAUCUUCGCAGAAGCCUUGGCCUAUCGCUCAACAUCCAAAAAACCAAAGUGCUGCACCAACAAGCACAAAACAACCCUUCCGCAGCGUCACAAAUCCAACUCAGUGGUAUAAUGUUGGAAAGUGUUGAUCACUUUCCCUACCUUUCCACAAGGGCCAACAUAGAUGCCGAAAUCUAGCAUUGCCUGAGCUCAGCAAGUGCAGCUAUCUCCCGAUUGAAGGGCAGAGUGCUUGAGGACUGGGACAUUUGCAGGGAAACCAAAAUGCCUGUUUACAAAGCUAUUGUACUACCAACCUUACUGUAUGCUUGUGAAACAUGGACCACUUGUAAACACCAUCUCCAAACUCCUCGAAAGAUUCCAUCAACGGGGUCUCCAAAAAUUUUUACAUACCACUUGGGAAGACAGGCGAACUAAUGCCAGUGAACUGGAGGAAGCAAAGAUCAUGAGUAUCAAAGCAAUGAUUCUUCAACAUCAGCUUCGUUGGACUGGUCAUGUUGUUCAGGUGCCUGAUUAUCGUCUUCCAAAGCAACUACCGUACUCUAUUCCGAACUUAAAAAUGGAAAGUGUAAUGAUGGUGGUCAACAAAAGAGGUUUAAAGACUCUCUUAAGGCAAAUCUUAAAAAAUGUAGUAUAAACACCAACAACUGGGGAACACUGGCCUGUGAGCGUUUCAGUUGGAGAACAGCCUUUACCAAAGGUGUCAUGGGCUUUGAAGAUGCUCGAACUCAGGACGAAAGGUGCUAAGAGAAAGGCACAUUUGGAAAACCCUCACCGUGAUCAACUCCCGCAUGCAAACCCCACUGCAGAAGGACAUGAGGAUCCAGAAUUGGCCUCCACAGCCACUUACGGACCCCCUGUUAAAACUGUGUUCAUGGAAGACGAUCUUACUCAGCUACAAGCAGCAGCAUGCAUAGUUUGUACACAAUGUGCAGGCUGCAAUUCUAUACACAGAACUCAGUAGGGUUUAGUUCUGAGUAAAUGUAUAAAUGCAUUGCUGGAAGCUUCAUAAAAACGUUCAGAGGUACCUAGGUAGCGCAAUGCUAUGCUUAUCUACUCCAGAGUUAAUUACCAAUGAGGCCCACUUCUAGAUAAAUGGGAUUAGGACUGCAAUCUCAGUCUUGCCAGUUUGCUGCCGCUGAAUUCAUCCUAAAACGGGAAGCUUCACCCGCCUUUCUUCUUUUUUGACCCCUCCUAGCCAGGUAUGGAUGUUUUCCAGAAAUGCAGACCAGCUUUGCGUAUUCAGAAGCUAGUUUCUUGUAAUGGUACCCCACCUUUCCUUAAAGGGCGAGAGACGGUGUAAGCUAACCCAUUCCUCCUAGAUGACUGUGGAGGGGAGCCGGCUGCGCGCUUUUUGCGCCCGAUCCAAGAGCAGGAGGUGGCGCUGUGCGGCUGCUCCAACCACACACAGAGGGAAAUAAAAGGGGAGGAGGAGGAGCUGCAGCAGCAGCAGCUGCGGUUGCAAUUGUAACUGCAGCCCCGCCGGCGGAGGGAGGAGCCUCCGCAAUCAUCGCCGCCGCCGCCGCCGCCCCGGGAGCCCUGGCAGGCCGGGCCUUGCGGUACGUGCCCUCGGCGGGGCGAGCAGCCGGCUGUCCGGGGCUCGCCCGCUGCCCCCUCCGGCGCGCCCGCCUCGCCUCUCCGGGCCCCGCGCCGGGCGAGUGGGCCGGGCCGGGCCGGGCCGGGGGCGCGGCGGGAGGGAGGGAGGGAGGCGCGGCGCUGGGCCCGCACGGACGGAGCCUCCGGCGCCCCCUCGCUUGCCAGGCCCCCCGCAUCCGGCAGCGUUUCCGCGGGGUGGGGGGGGGGCAAAAUGGUUCCGAUUCAAAGCGAGCAAACGCGCCUGCUUCCUCGAGGUCUUUUCGCCCCCGGGGCUUCUCCCUCCGGGAUUCGGCUGCCCUUUCCCUCUUCCCUGCGCCCCAUCCCGCCUUUGUCUCCUAAAAGCGCCCCCACCCCCCGGCCCGGGUUGACCCCUCAGACGGGGUCUCUCGACGACGCUCAGUUUCUGGUGCUUGCUGCCUGCUUAAGCCAGCUGCCUUUUAAAAACUUGUCUCUUUGAAACAGAGAUGCUCUUUUUCAUGAAUUCCCCUUUUUAAAGAACUUUGCAGCUGGUCUUUCGACACAGCCAGUUAGAAGGAGACGGGGCCAUAACUGCUCACUUGGGUCUCCAGCUGCGUUUGGACUACAAUUUCCAUGCCCACUGGUCCUGCUAGCCAGGGGAUGAUGGGAGUUGUAGCCCAACAGCAGCUGGAGACCCAGGUUAGGGAAAGACUAGGUUGGAGCAUCUGCUGUGCAUGCAGGAGCUCCCAGGUUCAGUCCCAGCAUCUCCAGGUAGGGCUCAGGGACAUCUUCCUUCCUGCUGCCAGUCAGUGUAGGCAAUACUGACCCAGGUAGACCACAAGGCAGCUUCCUAUCUUCCUAAGAAGUUCACUAACUCAUUCCCAUUUCUGGUAACCUAACCCACCAGUGUUCAUUUUACAGCAAGUUGUUUUUAAAGUUACUUUUAACUGUUUUACAAUAAAUUUGCUUUUUCAAAAAAGAAAUGUAAUCUGCAAACAAGUAUCAAGCCUGUUGAUUAACUUGCCAUGCUUAAUUGUUCUAACAAAGUGAAUACAUUUCUUUUUAAGCAGUCGGAUGGCUAACCCUGCUUUGUCUCCUCCCGACAGGCCACCACCCCACCGUCACCCUGGCGCUGCGCUGUUUGGACGGUGUAUUCCUUUCCCCCACGGAGAAUGAUUUUGUCAACAAGAUUGUGGAGGAAUUGGACCACUUCCUGCUUCACAACCAGCUGGAGAAGUGAGUGGCUCCUGUCAGCAGCUGGUGGAUGCUGCUGUCCUCCUCUGCUUUAGGCCUUUGUCUGCCACAGGUGAGGCAGUGAGGUGCCCUCCGGGUCCCUGACCAUUGGCUAUGCGCUGGCUCUGAUUGGAGGCAGGAUCCAACACCAUUUAGAGGACACCAUGCUUGCUAGCGCUGGUCUCCCAAGUCCAGCGCUGCAGGUGCCCAAGCUGGAAGGCGCCUUGCGUGGCGACCAUGUUUGGAAAAGGCUAAGGACCUAAGAAGAACCUUACUGGAUCAGACCAAAGGCCUGUUCGGUUCCACAUCCUGCUCUCGUAGUGGCCCACCAGGUGCCUAUGGAAACCAGGCAAACAAACUCGGCACAGCAGCAGCCUCUUCCCUUGUGAUUCCCAGCUUCUGGCCCUCAGGGCUGCUGCCUCUGACUCUGGAAGCAGAGUGGAGCCAUUGUGGCUAGUAGCCACUUAUAGCCCUGGAUUUCUCUGACCCUCUUUCAAACCCCUCCACGUUGGUGUCCAUCCCUGCUGCUUGUGGAACUGAAUCCCACCGUUUAACUGUGUGGUGUGUGAAUAAAUUCUUUUGUCCAUCCUGAAUCUUCCAAUGUUCGGCUUCAUUGAAUGUUCUAGUGUUACGCGAGAGGGAGAUGAGUUUUCAGGUUAAGAACAGACCUCCGGAACGAAUUAAGUACUUAACCCGAGGUACCACUGUAUUCUAAAUGUGGUUGCAUCAUAGAUUUGUAUAACUGCAUUAUCCUAUUGGAAGUUUUAUUUUCAGUUUCCCCCUAAUGAUUUCCAGCAUAGAAUUUGCCUUUUUCACAGCUUCCACACAUCAGGUAAACAGUUUCAUUGAGCUCUCCACCACAACUCCAAGGUCUCACUGCUGGUCAGUCAUUGCCAGUUCGGACCUCAUGUGAAACUAUUAUUUUCUGCCCCUACUUUACACUUGCUUACAUUGCCAUUUUACUGACCAUUCCCUCCAUUUGGAAAGGUCUCUUCGGAGCUCUUCCCUUUCUGCCCUGCACAGUUUAGUAUCAUCAGCAAACAUGGUCACCACACUGCUCACCCCAAACUCUAGAUUGUUUAUGAACAAGUUAAAUAGCACAGGCCCCAAUACCAAUCAGACACCCUCCCCCCCCCAAAAAAAAGGAAAAGGGGAAAAAGAAAAGCUGAGCAAAUACAAAGUGUGCCUUGCUCUUUACUUCUACCCUGUAUCACUGGCAGUUUCUCCCCAGGGGUUAGGAGUCCUUCUGUGCUGUAGAGCAACGAUUCAUUGAUGAAUCUGCUUUAGUUCCAUAACUUGCAGGCACAGAAAAUGCCCAAAGAUGAAAAAGAGGAAGGUGCUUUAUAUGUCAUGGGCAGCUUAAAUUAAGUAUGGAAGCUGUCCAUUCUAUGCUUAUAUAAUACGUGCACAUUCUGUUCCUGCCAUUGCCUAUUUGUUGGCACCUGUCUGUCUCGAGAGACAGUGGAGUGGGCCUCUGGGGGUGAAGUCAAACUGCUGCAUUUGCCACACCAAAGUGACUUCCCUUGGGCACAAGGCUGGGCUCUUUGUAUGGAGGUCCUGGGCUGCCCAGACGACAAGACCCUCCCUCCUGGCCUCGCUGACGUGGUCCAAAGGAAGGCAGAGCGAGACAUUUGGUACCAGUUUGGUUGCUGGAAGAAGGCAUACAAGGCACCACCCAACUGCCUUAGUGACUUUGCUCCGGAUUUGUGUAGGGUUUACUCCUGAGUCUUGUCUUCUCCUGAAGCUGUUCCACUAGGCAGUGGAGGUUUAGGAUCAGAGUUUUCCUUCUCCUAGGUGGGCCUCCUUCCCAGGUGGACGAGCCCCAUCUGCCCCUCACUUCCCUCAACAGCAUAUGCAGAAAGUGCCUUCUUGACCGUUGGAGCCACUCUUGGUCCUGUCCGCUCCAUCCGCCGGAGCCUGUCUUCACAUGCAUUUCUGCUUAAUAUGUCUGAUAUCUCCCUCCCCAUUUUUUCAAACAGUACAUUAUCAGCUGUCCAAAUGCACAUUUUUUCCAACCUCACAUUUGGUGUUUGACUGUACACUAAAAAACACACCCUUGAUGGUUAGAGAUGAUUUGCGUUGCAGUUCAGUGAUAUCUGGAGGGCUUUAGUCUUCUCCACCCCCUUCCUUAUGAAUGCGAGUUGUUUUUACCACAGCUGCAAAAUGGCCAGAAAUUGGGGGACAUCUGGCACAACCUCUGACCACUCCCUACUGACUCUUCUGUCCUUUCCCUUUCCUUUUCCAGAGUCCUCUUGUUUCCUCCGUUGUCCAGUCGCCUGCGGUACUUGAUCCACAGGACUGUGGAUGAUGUCGACCAGCUGAGCAGCUUUUCGGUUGGAGAAGGCUGGAGGAGGAGGACGGUGGUCUGUCACUCAGCGAUCAGGUUGGACUCUCACAGUUCUACAGCCCUUGACUCACCUUCUCCCCAAGGGCAAAGACUGCAGCGGGGAAACUUUUCCAGCCUGUGGGCUGAAUUCUUAUCUCCCACAAUUCCAGUGGGGCAUUUUGACAGGUGGGCUGAGCUGCUCACCUGUCAAUUGCCUGCUGUCAGCAUGACAUCAGUGGAAGCAUUUUCCUCAGGGGUUUGCAAGUGCUGAUGGUUAGUGGUGUUGGCAAAACCCUCUUUCAGCAGACAGCUCCAACGUCAUCUGCCCCACACCCUCCAUAUAGGACAUCCGGUGUGGGGCAAGUGGGCAUGGCUCGGGAAGACAGCCUUUGCAAGCCAAAUUCAGACUCCAGUUGGGAGGUUCCCCACUGCUCGGCUACACAUUGCAUCCAUUAUGUAAAAUGUAAGCCAGGCUCCUGAAUGUUGAGGAAUUCAGAAGCUCCCUCCACAUGAGGCAGCAAACAGGAAUUCUGGGAAACACGAGCUACUGGCUGAUGGGAUUGAUGCUGACAGCGAGCUCCUUUGAAGCUGCCACCUGACGGGGGGGGGGAGGGUUGAUAAUUGGGUGGCCCAUUGGAAAGGUCUGUCAGCUCCUACUCUAUAAGAAAUAUGUAAGCAGGACCUGAUGUUCAUGCGCUUGAAGCGGCAAACCAGGGAUGUGGUCUGUGGUCAGGGAUGAUGGGAGUUGUAGUCCCAGAGGGCCACAGGGAGAUUUAAUUUGGAGUAAACUUGCAAUAGGGUUAGGUAAGGUUGGAUUUGUUUUGGGGUCCCAUGCUUGAAAGGGAGCAGUUCUCAGGGAGUUCACACAUGACAAGCUCCUUGGAAUGUCUCCUUUCUGCUGUUGUUCUUCCUCUCUUGGGUUUAGGUUGCCAGAUGAACCAGAUGAUCAAAAUGGCUCCUGCAGCAGUGCCCCCAGCUCAGGCCACCCUCCCCAAUCGAGAAGCAGAGGAGGCCGACCCAGAGGAGGCCCACAUCACAUGGACACGCUGGCAGAUGGCUCUCAAGGCCGGAAGGGAGGUGGCCGGGGCAGGAGGCAGCCCCGGAGGAAGCCGGACAGAGCUCUGUACGUUCCCAGAGCCAUGCGCAAGAAGCCUGAGGGCUUGAGGCAGGAAGGUGCGGAGGCCUUUGCGAGUGAGGUGUCCGGCUUUGGAGUCAGUGAGGAUGGUCACCAGAUGUCCAGUGCCACUCAUGGCACCAAAAGGAUUCCAGCUGCCAACAGCUUACCUGCCAACAGUGAUCCCUGCGUGCAUCACCCAGAGGCUGAAAGCCCUAGAGAGAUGUGUACAGAUAAUUUGGAGCUCAGUAGUAUAAGUGGCGAAGGGGCUAUGGAGCACUCAAGCUGCCUUCUGUCGGAAUGUGUGUCUAAUCCAUCAAAGCCGGAUGGCCAAAGCAACGUCAGCCAGGUAGUCUCAGUGCUGGAGAGCAGCCCAAGCCUGACUGCACUGGAAAGCCCUAGUAAAGAUAGCAGAGAUGUUUUGGUCCCAGAGUGCUGUGAAACCUCAGGCCUUCCAGAAGAGCAGAAGAAAGAGCCUUCUGGUGGGGUGCUGUCCAAAGAAAGUGGACAUCAUCCUUUGCCAGAAGGCCAGAAUGAGAGACCUCUAGAUGCUGUUGCUGUAGAGUUGAGCGUAAGCUUAUCAGUUGCAGAAAACCAGGAUUCCCCUGUACUGGAAAGUGGUGUUUUCCCACCUGUUCUGGAAGACCAUGUGAGAGACAUUGCAGAUGCCAUUUUGUCGGAGCCUCAUAAUGAUCUCUCCCUUGCAGAAGAUAAGGGUGAUGAUUGCGCUUGUGCCACUGAGGUAGAAUGUAGCGAGAUGCUGCCCUUGCCGGAAGAUGGCGCUGUGGAUGACCUUGCAUUCCAACGAAGCCCAGAGGCAUCAGCACUGGAAACCCAGAACAAGGAUUGCACUGAGGCAUUGGAGUGUAGCCAAACAGAGUCCUACGGGGAUGCUCAGGGUCAAAGUAGUCCUUGUGGCUCUGGGCCAGAUGGGGCACCCACUCCUGUAACGGAAAGUAGCAAAGAUCGACCCGUGUUGGAUCCACAGGCUCUCCCCUUUUUGAGUACAUCUCUAUCUGAUCCUGAUAAAGCCAACCUCGUAUUUGAAAGCCAGGAGAAAGCAGUGGUAGACCUGGAAGGUAACCAGUGGCCUGGGCUAGAAUUCUCUUCUGGAGAUGGAAGUGUGGGGCCCUCUGCCGUGGAAGAAAAGGACAGCAUCUUUGAGGAUGAUUGUGGCACUGAACUCUUACAAGAGGUAAUAGUUUUAACUUACAGACUUGUUUCUGAGUGGGUUGGUUCAGACGUAACAGUAAGCCAAGGUUUAGAACUAUGGUUGCAUUCAGAUGUAACAGUAAACCACGGUUUAGCACUAUGGCUGUGGAACACUAAGGCAGCUUUUGCUAACCAGGAGCCCUUUCUGCUGUGCUGCCUGGUGCUCAGUGGCGGAGCAAGCCAAUUGGGCGCCUGGGGCGGUGCGCGUGCCCAGCGAGGCUGGGCAGGACGCUCCAAGGGCCUCCGAGGAAUCUGCCUGCCUCCUCCCACUCAGCUGCCCUACAGCUGAGGAAGAGGUGGCGGGCAGACCGUUUGGGGCAGUGCGGAGCCUGCGGGCAUGCUGCAGGCCCCACGGUGAGUGUCGCCUGGCAUUUUGUCACCCCCCUCAGUGGUGACACCUGGGGCAGCCUGCCCCCACCGUCCCCCUCUUCCUCCACCCCUGCUGGCGCUGAUGGGAGUUGUGGUCCAAAACAUCUGGGGGGCACCAGGUUGGCAAAGGCUGUGUUAAGCCAUUCAGUGUGGUUUCUUUUAGCCACAUUGUGCCCAGGCUGCUUGUAGGUGUCCGCUUUGCUGCUUCCUCUCUUCAGCAGGGAGACCAACCACAGUGCAGCUCCUUUGCAUCACAUCCCAACCAGCAUUUGUGGCUUGCUUCUCCCAAAGAAGCCAUGAUUGGGUCACGCAGAGCAAACCACAUGGCUUUGCCCCCACUGGCGUAAGCCCAUGGGGAACUGUGGCUCCUGGGCUCAAAAGGCUUCCCCAUCCUGGUCUACUGUGGCUGGCAGUGGUGCUUUAAGUUCUCGGGAAAGGGGUCUCCUGCUACCUAUGGAAGCUCCUUUUUGUCUGCGGCCUUCUACACUCAAAGCAGGAUGCUCUGCCAUGAGCUACAGCGCUUUCUCAAAUGAUUACGAACUUAGGAAGCUGCCUUCUACUGAGUCAGACUCUUGGUCCAUCUAGCUUAGUAUUUCUCUACUCCAGGAAGAGCCUCGAGAUGUUAUUGGGCUACAAGCUAGCAUGGCCAGCUGUCAGGGUGAUGGGAGUUGUAGUCCAACUGUACCUGGAGGCAUCACGUUUUCUACCCCUGGUCUACACUGAUGGGCAGCAGCUCCCCAGAAUUUCCCACCCCUACCUGGAGAUACCAGGGGUUGAACCUCCACAGGCAGAUUUGGGUCCUUUAUCCCUGACAUAGGAUCCUUCCUCAGUUUCAGCAACAAGCAACCAAAAUGCUAAAGUAGCAGCAUAACAAAGGAUUACUCUGGGGCUCAGCCAACACCCAAAAGCCCCUCCUGUGUAGAGCUGCCCUUUGGCACAAAAAAGGGAGAGUUGGAUCAACAGAAUCGUGUGGGGAAAAACUAUUACUGGAUCACGCCUGCACCAUCCACUCUCUUGCCAUUUUAGCAGUCUGGCUUCCCCAGAAAAAUCCUGGGAACUGUAGCUGGUUAAUGUCUUCCUAAUUACUCCUAGCAGUCUGUACAAACUACAGUUCCCAGGAUUCAUUGGAGGGAGCCACGGCUCUUAAAGUGGUAUAGUCAUGCUUUGACUAUGGUGUGGAUGUGUCUCUGGACUGUACCACUUGAGGCUGUCGGUGGAGUGUUGCAUGUUUGAAGGCUCCCCAAGGGGGGAACCCCUAGGUUGUAUUCAGCUGUGUCCUGCCUCAGGGGGUCUCCUCGGGGCAGGACUAGCACAGAAUACCACCUGCUCUUUGCAUGUAGAAAACAAGCUCAUAGAGCAGGUGUGGGGAUGCUGCUGAAGAGGCCUUGGCGAUUUAUAGUUUUCAACAGAUAUAUCACCAGCUAAAAAUCGUGAGAUACCGCUAUAUCAUGAUGCCUGAAAUAAGGAGGAAGGAGGAUGUAAAGUGGGGAGGAAGCGGCAGCUGAGGGGUGAUUCCUGGAUGUGGACUUCAGACCAGCCCAAGUUGUUGUAAUCUGCUCUCUCCUUACUGGUCUCUCUCGGCCAGUGGCUGGGCUGCAGAGGGAGGGAGAUCAGCAAAGUAAGAGGUUUAUUUUUUGUGAUCAGGUGAUAAAAUCGACUUGGCUUGGCUCCUGCGUUUGCUGUGCUGGGUCUUCAGUCAGAGGCGAAAGGGCAGGAGACCCUGAUCUUUGCACGUGGGUGAGCUCUUUGCAAGCUAUCAGGGAAUCUUCUUCCCCUUCAGAAAUGUUGGACACAAUAUAUUACCAGGUCUAAAAUUAUGAAACUGUUAUCGUGAUCUGGACUUCAAACCGGUUUUGGACAAUGUAUCGAUACCACACUCAUCCCUAUUGCUGAACUACAAGUCCCAUCAGUUAGCAUGGCCAAUGACCAAGGCUAAUGCAGUUACAGUUCAGCACCUUCUGUAGGUUCAAAGGUGCCCCGCAACUGACGUGGAAGAAAACAAGACCAGCUUUCUAGUUUUCUGCUUGCAGGGUGAUUUUUAAUGGGGAAAUGUUGAAAAAUGCAGGAGUGCAUCUGCAUGCUGAAGUGGUACAGUGGUCUAGAAAAAGCUUUGCCACCUGUUUCUGCUGAUGGUGUAGCUUGAUCCUGACUGUAUUCCACGUACAGAUGUUUCCUGUCUGUAAAUAUUUCUUGUUUUUGCAGUGUUCUUUCUUUUCUUUUCUCCUGCCCCUAGAUCACAAAUUACUUGACCAUAAAGGACAUAAGCAUUGAGAAAAUCCAGUUUGAUUACUCCAGCUAUGGGGAAGCACAGAUCAAUGAAGGAGAUUUUGGCCAUGUGCUAGAGAUAUAUGAUUUUUCGCCCUUGCUAAAAACGGAGCAUCUUCUGGAGGCCUUUGCAGAGUUCCAGUAAGUAGAUGGGCAAGGGACUUCCUGGUCAGGACUGGCUGAAGGCUGGAAGCGGUGUUACACUGAAUCAGACGUUUGGUCCAUCUGGUUCAGGGCUGUACAUACUGACUGGUAUCUAUGAAAUUUCAAGCAGGGCAUGUGCCCAACUCAGACCUGGAGAUGUUAGCAAACCAGAGGCAUGAUGCAGAGUUUAGGGACACAUUCCAGCCUGGGAAAAGUCUUCAAGGAGGAAGCAAAGCAGGGCCAGUGAGAGGUGUGGCCUGGGGACAAGGGUGUACAACUGGGAAGGUGUGGGUGCUUUGGAGAGAGAGAGGCCCUCUCUUAAUAUUUUUAUCUGGGUGGAACUAUCCGUGGCUUCAUGUAACUGACAAGCAACACUGUGGUCUGUCUUUUAGAGAGAGUGGAUUUAAGCUACAGUGGGUCGAUGAUACUCAUGCGCUUGGGAUCUUCUCCAGUUUGGCAGCAGGUAAUUUUGGAUUUUCUGUAGGAAUGCCUGUGAGUUUAGGGUUUACCUAUGUCCCCCCCUGUUUUUCCCUUAAAUUGUGUCUGGUGCAUUUUCCUCUCCUUCCCACUCCAACGAUGGCAUUCUCCGAUCAUGAGAAUGCACAAGACAAGCAGAGCUGGUUACAAAUGACAUACGUAUUGGGAAGGAGGAACCUCUGGCUGUCUCUGCAUCUGUUGUUUGUUUAUCUCCUAGGCAGCUGAUCUUCCUUGGUCCUCCCAACUCUUAGGGAAUGUUCCCUGACAAGAAGAGUAAUAAAAGGGAGGUAACUGAUGGAUUGUGGAGAGAGGCAGUUCAUGUGGAAUGGCAGACUAUGGUUUGCUAUUGUGCGAGUGAAGCUUGGACUCUCUACCUUCCUGUUGCUAUGAUACCUGAAUCAACAAACCAUGGUUUGCACAAAAUAGGAAGUUGGGAAAUUGAAUUGGAAGGGGCAGUGCUUGAGCCCAAUCCUUGCUUUCCUAAGGCAAAACCAUGGUUUGGGGUUGCAUGGGAGCCAAAUGUGUGUGAUAUGCAUCCCCUCUGGCUCCUGCUGCCUGUUGCUGGGGGAGCCUUUUGUGUACUCACUUGGUGGCUGCAUGUGUAGGCAGGAAGCAGCUACAAGGAUAUUCACCUGGAGGGGGGAUGGGCGUGAACAAUCUUCCCUAGACAUUUGACACUCCCAAGCACUGGACAACAAUCAUGGCAUCAAUCUAUGUUUUGCUCCAGUAGUAAUUUGACUCCCUCUGUGGCAACCCUAGGAGAGAGUUCAGGACAGCCUUCCACAAGCUGGUGCCCUCUAGAUAACGUGAUUGGACUACAAUGCCCAUCAGCCCUAGGCAGCAUGUGUCUGCUGGGAUUGUUGGGAGUUGUAGUCCAAAACCAUGCUUGGUCUUAUUUCUGAAAAACCGUACUUUCUUUUUCAGCUUCUCAAGCCUUGGAACAGAGUUAUACCUCCCUAAAGAUCCGACACCUAAUCCACGGAACAAGGCAGUCAAAAAUCAAGGCUCUUCAGCGGCCAAGUAAGAGCAUUUUUGAAGCGGCUGCUGCUUCAGAGACCUCUGGCACCCUACUUCCCAAGAGGCAAUGACCUGCUUACAUAUGUAGAUGGAUGUCUGUCACUUUACUGCUAAGGUCCAAAGCCCCAUCUGCUCUGUAUGUGUAAAGCAGUUUCAGACCACUUGAAGUGGUAAUGGCUUCUUCCCUCAGUGAAUUCUGGGAGCUGUAGUUCGUUGCUGAGAGUGUCGUUGGGAGACCCCUCUUCCCCUCACAGAGCUACAGUUCCCAGAGUGGUUGAACAGUCAGUCCCUCUUCCCAAAGAACUAUGUAAGAGGACGUGGGUCAGAGUGCUGCCCUUCCAACUUCCUCUUUCGUCUCUUUGUACUUCCAAGGUCCUUAACCUCCUCCUCACAAAGGGGACACUGGCUGGGGCUUAGAGGCUCACAGCUGCCAGGUUAAUUCCUUAUGGCCCCCAUGUUUCUGAUCUGAGGUUUAAAGUCUAGCUAAUGAGCAAACAAGGAUCAUACAGUGGUUUUUGAACCUGGUGUGGCAGAUGCAGGAAGGUUCACUGGGGUGGGGUAAAGCAAGGGCUGGAAACUUCAGGCCCAGUGGCUUCUGGACCUCUCUCUCUCUGACCCUUGAGACUUUCCACAGGCCACAUGCUCAGUGGCCUGGCUUUGCUCCUGCCGUGCUUGGUUUUGCCUCAUUGGAACUUGCCCUUGAGUUCUGAUAGUGGAAUUAUUUAAGUGGGAGCUGUGAUCUGGGACUGAAAGCUGAGAGCAGAGUUUGUCUAGAGCAGAGGUGGUGGUGGGGAAGUUGUUGCUCCAUCACCCCUGACCAUUAGCCAUGCUGGCUGAGGCUGAUGGGAGCUGGAGUCCCAACAUCCUCUGCAUGGCCACAGGUUCCCCACUCCUGCCUUAGAGAGAAAGCAAUGUAUAGUGUGAGCGUUAAUGAGGGCGAGACCAGCUGUGAAAGCCAGCAGCAGCAACAACACUGUUGAAAAGAGCAGGACUCUGUUGCUGCAGAGAGCCAGAUUGUCAGCAUAUUGCAUGGGAAGGGAUAUGAAAUGUCAGCAUUAUUGUGUGUUGAAGGGAUGCUGGUUUUAUAUUGUUUAAGCUUUAAAUAUGUUCUGGUUUCAAACUUAUCCCAGUUCACAACGCAAUUGUGAAGUAGUCUGCAUUUGCCACAGUGGUUUGUCCACUAAGUGGAGUUUCAACAAACCACAGUACCCCAUGUUUGUAUGUGAUGGGAAACUGUGGCUUGUCUCCAAGGUGGAUGCCUUCAACCAUUUCCUUCUGCACACAUCGGAAGAGGGGAGAGUAUCCAAGUCAGUUCACUGACACAUUUGUGUAUCGGGAAGCUAUAAUUCCUGUUAUGUGUGAACUGGCCCAGUGAAUUUAGCCAGGCUCUUAUCAGGAAGUCGACUGAGUAAGAAACUUUCUCUCUGAGGUGCCGAUUUUCUUUUUUAAUAUACUUUCAGGGAGGUGAUAGUGUUCAUGCUUGGCUUUUAAAUUUUUUUUUUGAAGUCUUAAAAAACGGUGUUCAUCACUUGCAAUGUUAUGCCCCACCCAGCUGCCUUCACGUCUAGACCAGCCCACCCCCGUAUUGUGGAAAGAGAACCUGGGCAUCCAAACCCCUUUUGCCAGACCUUUCAGACUCCCCCCCCCCCCCGGACCAGGCUGCGUCUCUCUCCCACUGCACCCCUGUUGCUCCACGACUCCUCCUCCUCUUCCAUUUCCCCCCAGAGCUCCUUCAGCUGGCCAAAGAGAGACCUCAGACGGACGUGGCGGUGGCUCGGAGGCUGGUGACCAGGGCCCUGGGAUUACAGCGCAAACCUCCACGGAGCUCCGGCUGGCAAGUGCUGGAUCCAGCAGAAAGCACAAGCUUGCCAGAGUAAAAAGCAGGUUGCCCUGUGUGGCUUGAGGUGAUGGUCUGGGGGUGGUAUUAAAACUGUACUCCUCACUUACGAUGAUUGCAGGCCUCAUCUGUGCUCAGCUGGCUCGGUGGUGGUUGCAGGUUUCUUUUACUAUGGAAGUAGUCAGGAGUUGGUGGUGAUAGUGGCUGGUUGUGUUUGAAGCCGGACAGGGAUUCCAAGCCCAUGAGAGUUAUUGUUGGGCACUGAACUUCCUGGACACUUGCUGGGAAGGAGGCUGACCUUCAUACAGGCACCACAAGAGGGCGCUUUAGCACAAUAAGAGAACUGUCCCAAUUAGCCAAGUGCAAUAGAACUGAAAUACCUUAUAAAGGUUUUCUUCUAUGUAUAUGUGACUUGGCUGAUAUUAUUUUAAUUUAAAAACCUGCGCUCUGAAAAGUUGGCCGGGGCUGGGAUCUGGUGUUUUGUUUGCACGGGACGUUCCUUGGGCCCAUUAAGGUGGAACUGGACAAUUUUGGUUUCCCUUUCGAUGUCUCUUCCAAACCUCUCGUGAAGUGGAGAGGAGAGAGUGCAAUUUCCGGGGGGGGGGGAGUGCAGAAGGUGCGCCCCCUGCCCCCUCCAGUCACCCGUUUCAGGUUCCAAGUGUGUGUGUGUGAAAAUCAGGUUUGGAUCUCCUUGUGGGGGAAACGCAGCAGCUGGAGGACCAAGUGCUUCUCCCCUCCUUGCCUAGAAAUUCUCCCAGAGGAGCCGCUGUGCAUUGAAGAGAUGAGAUGGAGGCAGAAUGUAUACUUAAGGGGUGGGGGACCCUGGCAGUUCCAACCAUCCCUGACCCCAGUGCAAAUGCUUGCUGGACCGGACGGGAAACAGGGUCUUAACAGCAUCAGGAGGGCCAGAGAUGCCCCAGCUCUAGUCUGCUUCUGCCCCACAUUGAGCCCCCCCUGUAGGUGAGCACUUAGCUGCAAACUCACUGGAAGGAAAACUUCAGUUCAGUUAUGUAGGAAGAACCAGUGAGACACACAUCCCUGCCCCCGCCCGGGAAGGGGGGGGGGCUGUUUUAGUUUACAAGCAGACAGGAGAGAGACAAGUUUGCAGGAGUCAAUAUCUUAUUUACUGAAGUUUGUAAAUAUUUUUUUCUGGGUUUUCUUCUUUAAAAUUAAAGCUGUUAAUACACAAAUCAACAUGCACGGUGGUUUUCUGAAUCCUCUGUUGCCCACUAUCUUGUAACAACUACUUCCUGUUCUCUAACUGGUUCCUUUUUGGGGAAGUGGCCCCUUCUGGAUCGUAAUUUUCUUCUCCAUUAGUGAUGAGAGAGAGAAAACUGCCCAUUUGCCAUAAGUUGUGUUUGUAAAAAACCAACCGGGAACAAACAAGUAGAGGAGAUCAAUCCUGCCUGGCAGCAGAUUGUGGGAGGUGGCUGUGAUUCUUCAGUGGGUCAGGUAGAGAUUCAUCCUUCUCUCGCUCGCUCCUUUAGUUGCAAGGCCACAGCCAGCACCUGACUUCCCCAAGCUGCAUGUCGCUGCCAGUUACCAAUGGAAGAAGGGGAAAGCCAGUGGCGAGCUUGGCUUGGCUGCAGCAUCAGGACCAUGGAGUGUCAUGGGUUGGCUCCAUGGCUGUGUCAAGCUCCCUGCUCCCAUGUCGCUCUGCCCUGGUAACCAGCAGCGAUGCACAACAUUGGGAAUCCAGGUCAGCCCAUUGCGGCUCCACUUGAGCAGGCCGCUUGAUUAAGCCAGUGCUCCCAGCUGUUGUUGGACUACAACUCCCAUCACCCCUAGCUAGCAGGACCAGGGGUCAGGGAUGAUGGGAGCUGUAGUCCAACAACAGCUGGGGGGCCCAAGUUUGAGAAGCGCUGGAAACCCUUGCAUUGGAAUGAGGCUCAGGGCCUAAAUUUUGGAAGCACUGGCUCAAUUGCUGUGAUCAAGGAGCAAGCCUGCUUAACUCAGUUAUGGACUGACCUCUGCAUACCCAUGGGUUUCACUUCAGCACUUCACUUCUACCCAGAGCGUAUGGGCACCAGAAGCAGCUUGAGGUCACAGGGAAAGAGUUUAACUGCUGGCCAUAUCAGCCAGGGAAGGAGGAGAACUUUAGCACUUAAGCCUAGCCUUCAGUCACUGUACUGAAUUGAGCAGCUGCCGGAAGGUGUGGCAGGUGAGAGGCAUCUCCUGCUUGCAGGCUUCUGGGCUGGGAAAGGACCGCAGCUCAGUGACAGAGCACAUGGCUUGAUGCAGAAAAUCCUAUCCCUGGCACCUGCAGACGAUGGCUUGUUAAUCUUAAAAUUAAGUAGCCGGUGAUGGAAGGCUCUCCCUUGGAGGUCCUGGAGUGCCCCUGCCAGUCAGAGUAGAUGGUGCUCAGCUGGAUGGAUAAAUGGUCUGACUCGCUGGAAGGCAACUUUUGAUGUCCCUCUAAUCCCUUCUAUUGAUUGCCACUCAGAAUGGCCACAUCCUGGGCAGCAUGGGAUGGAGCUGUGUUCCUGAUCCCAGUAUUGCAUAGUCCUACAUUGGAGGAGCUGCUCUGGCAGGUACUAUGCUGCUGCUGCUGCUGCUGCAGCCUCCACAUGGCUGACGUAGCACAGCUGCCAGGCUCAGGUAGGUCUGGAACAAACCUCACUCUUUCAAAAUGAGGCAAAGUUUCUGACAAACUCCACUGUGGUGGAAGAGGUAUAAUGCGGAUUCCUGCCCCCCACUCCCUUGCAGUAGUAGUCGGAGACCUUGCCUGGCAUUUCCAUACAGCCCAGCUCCGGACAACAUUUUUUCUGUUUUGGUUAUAGCAUAAGGGGAGCAACGGUGGAGGGAUGGAGGUGGCCUGUGUUGUGGUCCUCAGGCUAUUCUAAACUGCUGCUGUCAAUCAUUCACAAAUAAGGCCUCUGGAUGUCUCAUCCAGCUCCUACCCAUGGGAAGCAAGCCCCCCUUCUCAACUUGGUAGCCGCUGCGUGGCUCCUCCUGCCCCUCAUGCGCCAGGCCUGCUUGACCACCCACAUCGCUUGCUUUGCAUCCUUGCAGUGUGGACUUUGGGUGCCUUGACAUACUGCUGGCUUUGGUUCCUGGUCAAAUGAUUACACUCAUCACCUGCUGAAGGAACAAAGUGGCCAGCCCUAGCCUGGUUAUGUGAACUGGCCGUUAGCCUCACAACACCCCUGUGAGGUAGGUUAUACAUGGGGGAAAGAAUAACAGACAAUGAAAUCCUUCUUGUGCAUUACUGCAAAACAUCUACAAGCAGUAAGCAUCACCACCAAGUUAUUCAUAUAGUACUUUGCAUAGCUAAAAUGUCUUUCCGUAAUCCUCAUUUACCAUGCAAAAAAGGUCUAGCGACUCUCAUUUUGCAGCCUGAACUGGAGGAUGAGAGAAUGGGUUUGCUGUGGAAAAUUCAGUCCUUGAUUAAGAAGAGGGAUGAACCUAGCUUGCUUUUUAGUCUCUCCACUAGCAGACAAUACAAUUCUGAUAGCACCGUGUGUGGGUCUAUAAUUCAUUUCUCCAGUUAUAGAAGUUUUUUUUUAUUUUCACACAUCACACAAGGGAGGUGAUGGAGAGGUUCUAAGAAGGGAAAGCUCCCAAAUCACUCUUGUGUUCUCUGCCUGAGCUUUAGGUAUCCUUUUAAUUCCUUCACCCAUUGUACCAAAACAAGCGGGGCAUAGAGCGUGGUCUACCAAUGACUAGUAGCUAUGGCAGAGCCUCUAGGGACAGAUACAGUCCACCUCUGAUUUUUACCUUUUUACCUCUGAUUACCAGGUGCUUAGGACAAAUAGAGGACAGUUAUCUUUGUUGUCCUGCUUUCUGAAAAUCCUGCAGCACCUGGCUGUCUGCUUCUGGAAGCGGAAGGCUAGACUAGAUGAACUGUGGUCUGCUCCAGAGAGGCAAGGUUGAACUAAUUCUGUCUUGCAGCCCCAUUCUUUAACCAUGCAGCAGAAGAGUAAACAAAACAAAAUGCAAUAAAAGGACAGCAGCUGGUUCUAGUCACUGGAAAUAACACAAAUCACACCAGCUCUUUCUUUUCCUGGACAAAAGCACUUUAAAAGAUUCAAGUAGGGUGUAGAUCUGUCGGCACCUGUUGCAUUGCAAGUGCAUGGCCUCAAACAAACAGAGGCACAUGUGCUCAGCACCAUUAUGCAUUUACUAAUGUGUGUGUUUUUAAGCUCUCCCUCCCUGCGCCAUCACAGGAUAGCCUGACUUAGUAAGAAGGGAUGUGUGACCUCGAGGGCAUAAAGCCAUUAGUUAUCUUUGGUAGUGGGUUUCUUAUUUGCAGUAGUCAUGGUGGGGGUGGGAAGUGAAGGGGGGUGGCAGGAAGGUACGGGUCAAAGGAAAAAUGUAGGCAAGGGAAUAGCUUACUGUCUUAAAAAAAAUUCACAGUCUAGUGGCAUCAAAAACCAAGAUAUAUGAAAUGACUUGGCAGAUUUUUCCUCACUGUGGUAUCUCAAACCUUCUGUCAAAACUGAGUGUCAGAGGUGCUCUCAGAGAGGAGGUGCCAAGGAGUGUGACAGUACAGGAAAUUAAUACGACAGAGUGUCUCAAGACCUCCGUGCGUCAUGAUUCUUCUGUUCUGCGCCAGUGGUGUAGAGUCAGAUUUUUCAAAUCUUUAUCAAGGCAGAACACGAAGGCCGAGAAAGGAAUUCCCUUAAAAAUGAAGCUAUUUUGGCAGCACCAGGCAUCCUUUACGCAGGUUGUGGGCAGGUGGCGCUGCUGCCUCUGUACACCGCAGUGAACAAAGGUGUGAUGAGAGCUUGCAAAUAAUUCCUUGUGAAUAAGUUAGGGUCCCCACGAAGGGUAAGGAGGUCUUGCAGGUAGUGCAAAAUCAUAAUUCAGCUGGAAUGGAUGUGAAAUAAAUGUCAACCCGUUUUCUUCUGCUGAACACCAUAAAGUAGGCAUGGAGCACACACUUGAAAAUAACUUACAAAGCUAAUUUUAAAAGUUCAUAGUUGUUUGCUUGAUUACUUUAGUUUUCUGUGCAGUGGUUAGGGAAAUCUUGGGAAAAGGUAUUCUUCCCUCCUUAAAAAGAGGCCAAUUAAGACACUUGGUUGUUUAGGAGUCCAUUGAAAUCAAACUGUUCUUCUAUUUCUUCACUGAAGGCAUCAGCUGCAGUCGGGGUGAGGGGGAGAAAAAAGGGGAAAAGACAGUGUCAGAGGCAGUUUUGCUACCCAUGUCUGAAAGCAGAAAGCCAUGUGUCUAAAUUGUCCCUUACUAGGGUUGCACUUUCUUUUAAAAAACACAUUUCAUUUGUUUAAUUGUGUAAAUUACUCUAGCAUUUUUUUUGUAACAAAGUGUACAUAAGUUAAAUAAAACAAAUAAAUGAGAAUUCAGAUAAAUAAGUUGCAAACAAAAACCAAUUAAUUUCACUUGCAGCCUGUACAGGUCACAGAAAUGUUACAG